UGAAUAGACUAUACACUAUAAUAUUAAAUGCAUUAUGUCCUUUUGUAUUAAAAUCCUUUAUGCUCUCUUUUGUUAACAUAAAGAAGUAAUACAAAAUGGUUAUGAGGAUUCUAUGAAGAGUAUGAGUUAAACUACUAAACUAUAUAAAAUUCCACAUAGGAAUCUCGGUAUUGUGCCGAUGAGAGUGAUAGUGCUUUUUCAAUUUGUAUGAGUCAAUUGUUAGAGAAGAGAUCUGACCAGGAAGGGAAGAAGUACGUGACAAUGAAUGCAGCAGUUGCAAAGAAAGGAGUUGGGUUGCUGUUCAAUGCCACCAAGAAUGGAUUGUCCAGCAUUUCCAAUGGACUUAACAAGACAAAGAAGGCCUAUGCUUCCAAGCACGAGACUGAUGUGCUCAAUGAGAUCAAGCAGAGGGGUGUCAGCCCAGGAGAUCUUAUAUUUCAAGGAUCCUCAUUAUUGUGUGGGCAUCGAACAAUAUGUGCUGGAAUUGAAGAUCCACAAUGUGCAUCUGUCCUUGACCGGAAGCUGUCAGGACAAGUGUAACGCUAGAACAGCUUCAGGCACAGGCAAAUUCUUCGUGCAAUGCAUUAAUUCCAUGCCUGUCUUUUAAUGCCAGGUCAUCUCCAUUAAAGAGACUUCCUUCUAUGUUUGCUCUUAUGGAUGAAAAUUAUUAGUCAUUUUUCCUACUUUUCAAUUUCUUUUUGCUACUGAUUUUGGAGACCAAAUAGAGCGAAAUCGAACUGUGCAACAAGAAUGAUCAACAUAUGCCAAAAAGCCCUUGUGUCCUUCAGUUUCUUCAAAGAUAUUGCAUGCCAGUAAGGAGCAAAGAUCAAAAGUUGCAAGAGUGUGAGAAGAAGCAGAUGGAAGCCUUCCAACGGGUAUACUUUUUAUACAUGGCUGGUUACAAACAUGAGUUAGUUGCUGCGGCCCAAAUGGCUGGCAAACGCCUAGCAGAUCCUCUGAAGAGUAGUGUGCCUUUAGAAGCAGUUAUGAUAUUAGGAAACUCUCUAUGCAAUGAAUGUUCACAAUAUGGAGACUUUGAAAAGGGAAAUAUCUAUCAGAAUAUGCAAGACUUUGUGACAAAAUCAAGAAUGUCAAAAGAUCAUUAUGACAGAGAAUCAAUAGUGCAUGAUAUUUAUUAUGCAGUAUUGAUUGCAGUGGAGAAAUAUGGAACAGAGGAACAAACGUUAGAGAAAACAUUCAAGGGUGCUGCAUCGCGUAUAAUUGGAAGUGCAAUGCAUGUAACAGAUGCCAAAAUUGACCCAAGGGUAAAAGCAGCAAAAGCAAUCUACCUCUUUGCAGCAGAAAUCAGUUCUUGUGGGAGAGAAGCUGAAUUAAAGAAGCAAAAGCAAUUGGAAGAUGCAGAAGAAUUGUUGAGAAAAGAGAAAGAAAAACAGCGCAAAUUUGGUCGGAGUGCAAGUGUGAUAUAGUGGUUUGGGGUUGUGGACCUAGGUUCAAGCCCUAUUUUGCUCAAAGCUCUAAGUACAUAAGAUAGAAGUUUGCCCCCGCGGUUCAGGGUUCUUUCUUAUAAAAUAUCAGCCAUGGAAAAUGUAUUAUCAGCUUGUAUUGAUUUAAUAUUGUAUAUUACAGUCUUUACAUUUGAGUAGGUCAUUUACAGAGAUUUGGCUACGGCUGUAUUGUAGUAUUUUUUUUUAUUAAAAAUAAGUGAAGAAAUAAACAAUUCUUUUUA